AUGGCAGCCAAUAUCACAGUUGGUCAGGUUCCAGCCAUGUUUGCUCGGCGUCAACAGAAGGUGUUCGGUGUCGGCAGACGCCUGCAAUCUACUGCUCCCACAACCCAGAACCCCGCCUAUCCGCUAUACCCCUCCGUCGCCCAGCUCCUCCGUGAGAAGGGCAUCCCCAAGUCCGAUGUUUCUAAGAUCCCAGCCUCGGGCCCCAAGGGUCGUCUCUUGAAGGGCGACGUACUUGCAUACAUCGGUCAGAUCCCCGCGAACUACCCGUCGACCCAGGCCGCUACUCUGGCCAAGCUUUCCCACCUCGAUCUGAGCAACAUCAAGAUCGCCCCGGCCGCGGCCCCGGCCGCGCCGGCUGCAGCCGAACAGGAGAUUGUCCCCGAGCCCCUGCCCAUGACUUCCGUCGCCAUCUCCGUUUCCCUGGCUGCCGUGCUGUCUGCCCAGAAAAAGCUCCAGGACAACCUGGGUGUGAUGGUCCCGCUGUCCCGCUUCCUUGCCGUGGCUACAGACCUUGCCAACGACGACCUGCCCCGCUUGGCUAGCUCCAAGCCCUCCGCCGAUGAGCUUUUCAAUGAGGUCCUCGGUGCCCAGCCAAUCAACACAUCCCGCGGUGAUUACGUUCCCGAGCUGAACGUUUUGGAGGCUCCCAAGGCUGUCCGGUCGAAGCCUGUCGCUGAGGAUUUGAUCGACUUCCUUAGUGCAAAAUCGCCCAAGAAGUCUGUGCCUAGGGCUUCAACUGAAAGCUCUGCUGGUGUUGCUUCAAACGUUUUCAGCUUGACGGUCCCUGCUGAUGAGGAGACCCGCGCUAAGGCAUUCCUGGAGCGAAUCAAGACUCUUCUCUCGGUUGAGCCAGCGCGUUUGGUGCUUUAA